GGGCGCUAUCGGUUGCCAGGGGCUAGCCUUAAGAACAGCACAGAGGCGCGACUAAAACAUUCCAGAGCUCUUUAAUUUUUGCGCAUUUAUUAUGCCGGCGGAACAGAAACAGAUCUACCAAUACGAGAAAGAAAUGAAGAAAAGUACAUCAAAACAGAUUGAAUCACCCAAAAGCUUGUUCGUGGAGGUGGAAUGUCAGACUGAUCCUCCACAAACAAUGUCAGUGGGAACACAGACAGAACUGACGAAGAUGUCUGUUGGCACACAUCUGUCUACUGGUACACUGGGAGAAACACACACUGGGAGCAAAGGAUUACAAGCAACAGUUUCUUUUAAAAGUGUUGGCACCGAAACCACUGCAGCUGUUUAUGAUGUACCAUUUUCAUCAACCCCUGUAAAGGCUACUGGAUUUCGACCACAUAAAAGACCUAGACUGGACUUGGAGGAGGAAGAAGAGGUGGAGGAAGAAGAAGAGGAGGUGGAAGAAGAAGGGUUUGUGCAGAGGACAAUCUAUGGUGAUAAAAAAUUCAUUGUGUUUGAAACCUGCCUGCGUGAGCUGUUUGCCACAUGCCCGAUAUGUAAACACAAGUGUGAUGUAAGUCUACGCCGGAUUGGUACAUAUGUGGCAUUCCUCCAGCUUUGCCCCAAGUGCAGUUACCGCAAGCAAUGGGAGAGCCAGCCCACUGUUGGUAGUACGCCCGUCGGAAACCUUCAGUUAUCUGCAGCCACGUAUUUUACCGGAGGAUCAUUCAUCCAAGUGCAAAAGAUUUGCAAGGGCAUGCAAUUACAGAUUUUCACACAUGAAACAUUCCGGAGACAUUGCAGGAGCUUCCUAGAGCCUGCCAUAAUCCACAAAUGGAAAAGUGACCAACAAAAACUUUUCCAGAAGUUUAGACAGAGUGGAAACAUUGGCCUUGCCGGAGAUAUGCGUGCUGACUCACCUGGACAUUCAGCCAAAUAUGGGAGUUACACGUUGAUGCACACAGAGAGCAGCACUAUUUUGGACAUACAACUUGUUCAGAGUAAUGAAGUCAGCGGUAGUUCCCAUAUGAAGAAAGAGGGCCUGAAGAGAUGUCUUGAUCAUCUAGAGUCAAGUGGCUUAAAAGUCGGCUACAUUGUGACUGACCGUCACACUCAGAUACAGAAAUAUUUGAGAGAACGCAGCAUUAAUCAGUUUUACGAUGUGUGGCAUUUUGAGAAAGGUCUGUCAAAGAAGCUUAAGCAACAAUCAAAAAACAAGAAGUGUGUAGUUUUGAAGAAGUGGCUUCGUAGCAUAAGGAACCAUGUCUACUGGAGUGCUUCAACUUCUACAACAGGACCAGAGAAGGUGGCUAAGUGGACAUCCAUUGUGAAUCACAUUCAGAAUGUGCAUGUACACGACAGCCCCAUCUUCCCAAAGUGUGCCCAUCCAGACCAUGUGUCCAAGAAUGCUGCGAAAUGGUUUCAACCAGCAUCGCUGGAACUCCACAAAGUUGAGAAGGUUCUCUGCAACAAGAGGGUUCUCAAUGAUGUGGCAAAGUUAAGUCACCACUUUCAGACAUCAUCGCUGGAGGCUUUCCACAGCUUGAUACUGAAGUUUACACCCAAAAAUGUAGUGUUUCCUUUCAUGGGAAUGUUGUGCAGAUUGUUCCUUGCAGUUCUACACCAUAACGAGAACAUUGGUCGAGAACAAGCAACAACUGCAACAGGGAAACCAUUGUACAAAGUGUUGUUUCCCAAGUCUAAGAAGGGAGAACCCACUGCAAGGCCACUGAAAACAAAGCCUACAUACAAUUACGUUGAUGACCUUAUGAGGCUCGUCUUUGAGGAGGUUAUAGUAGACCCUGCACCUUUUGUUGAGGAGCUACAGGCAAUUCCUGUUCCCAUGGCCAUUUCUGCCGUGUUCGAGAGACCCUCGAAGGAAGAAGCAAUUGCUCGCCAUGUAUCCCGGUUCAGUCGAGAGGUGGCCGAAAGCCGACAUAGCGACCAGCCAGAUCUGGAAACUCCUGGCAUAUCUGGGAUACAACACAAGAAGGAAUGACCACUCUGACGUGUCGGCCUAAGAAGCCCCAGCAAAUAUGCCAAAUGUCGGAAUUGCCUAGUUUUCAAAGAGAAGAGAUUCUUACUAAAUUUCUAUUUGUAAAUAAAAAUAUAUCUUUUUACAUAUAAAAAUAUAUUUUUCGUGGCCUAAUGGUUAGAGUGUCGGACUCCCAAUCGAAGGGUCAAUACCACGACUUAGGUGCCCUUGAUCAUGGCAUC